AUGGCUUACGUGCAAGGUGGCGACGGCGGCGAGAGGGCCUCGCGGUGCCGCGGCCGGCGAUCCGGCCGUGGCUACCAGGGACCGGACCUGAUCAGCAGCCUCCCCGACGACCUGCUCUACCAUAUCCUGAGCUUCGUCACCACGCCGGAGGCCGUCCGCACCAGCGCGCUGUCUCGCCGGUGGACCGGCGUCUGGACCCGUGUCCCGCGGCUCCUGCUGCUCGACGAGGAGUCGAAGGACGUCGACCGGAUGCUGGACAGCUUCGAUGGCGUCCUCCGCCGCUACGCCACCGACGUGGACAUCGCCGACCUCACCAUCAGCUACCACUGGGACUGCCCCGAGGUCACCGAGGAGCGGGCCACCUCGUGGGCCGGCUUCGCCGCCCGGCGAGUCACCGGCCGCUUCGACCUUUCCGUGAAGGUCCAGUCAGCAGGCACCGACGAGCACUUCCUCGAGCUCCCGUGGUUCGAGAGGACAGCGGAGAUCUCCCUCGACAUGUCCGGGAUGCGUGUCCAGCUGCCGCCCGCCGCCGCCGCCGGAAACUUCACCCGCCUGACGAAGCUGCAGAUGUCCCACCUCCUGUUCAUGGACGGCGGCGGCGGCGAGGGCAUCAGCGACGUCGUCUCGCGCCGCUGCCCACGCCUGGAGACCCUCGAGCUCGAGCACAUCGACGACGUGGAGGCGCUCAGCCUCAGCAGCGAGUCGCUCCUGUGCCUGCGCCUCGUCUCCCUCUUUCCGCUCCGGCGGCUCGACCUGGAGGCUGCAAACCUGCGCAGGAUGCAACUGGAGGACUGUUUCGCCGGCCACGGUGGCUGGAACGGUGGCACAGCGAUGCGGCUCUCCACGCCGGUGCUGGAGGAGGUCGUCUGGGAGGACGAGUACCCCGACGUGGUUGAGGUGGUUAGGUUACCGACGUGCCUCAAGCAGCUCGCCGUCCGUGGCAUUGGCAAUCGGAUUUUACUAAGGUUUUGGAGCUUUUCUCACGGGCUGAUGUUCUAA